CGCUUCUUGUCUUUCUGCUUGGUAUCUCCUGCGUGCGCGGCCUCAAUUGCGGCGUCGGGCGCUUAAUCGUCUUAUAUACCCUCGUAACUCUGUCUCGCUUCCAUCUAUCACUCGCUCAACCCAUGUCUUUUCCUCGUACCGCGCCGGAGCUUUGACGAUACCCUGAGUAUACAUCUAUUUUCAAGACCUCCGUUCUUCCUUCGACCACCAUGCAUUGGCUACAGGGUACGGAUGGCCAGGCAUCGCUACAGCAGCUGCAGCUCGACAUCGUCGGUUUCCUAGCCAUCUUGGGCGAGGGUUCGGUGCUCGCCAAUGCUCAAGUCGCGACGCUGUCGAAGUGGAUUUUCCUGCCGCGCUUGAUUCCUGCUCCGCAGGCCUUGAUGCGUCCAACGAGGCCGACAAAGCUGAAAUCGGACUCUGGAUGGGUGUCUGGCAUCUUGAGCGGCAACUAUAGAGAAUAUAUAAACCACAUUGGCAACAUUGUGUGUGACGCUAGCAACCUCCCCGAAUACUCCGUCCGCGUCGUUACCAUCGAACGCAAAAACGACUCUGCCCUCAAGGCCAAAACGGUCGCCCCGCUCACCGUCGUCCUCUUCCUUGGCUUCUUCCUCUCCUGCAUCCUCCUCGGCCUCUCGAUAUGGCUCGACGACGGCAUGUCUAUCGUCGCCACCGUCCUCCUCUCUCUCCUCACCUCUCUCAUCGGCUUGGGCAACAAAUGGGAACUCAAACUGCCGGAGCGUCGAUGGAAGGGGGGCAAGGUGCCAGACGGGGACGUGGUGAUACGGUAUCCAAAGGGCAACUUCUUGAUCGUCAGGUGCAAGGAGGACGUGGCUAGGGAGUUGUACUUUGCGCCGGAGACGAUACAGUACCUGCUGCAACACGGCCCAGCCUACCGCCUGCUCAGCCUGGUUGGCACCAUGAUGCUCAUGGGCGGCGUCAUCUGCCUCGCCAACGCCCAAAUCGAACUCCAGAUUGCCUGGGCAGGUUCGUACAUGCUGCUCGGCUCUUCGUACUGGAUCGUCGCCGCGUUGCCCGGAAAACUCCAUUGGGACUUGUCCUCCUACAACGUCAUCCCCGAAUGCCUCUCCGACUCCAAAAUGGAUAUGAAAGGCUACCCGUCUCUGAACGAGACCUUCACGCAAGCAUUGUGGAAGACGAUUGUCAUGUCCAAGAACAUCGGCUGGAUUCGUAGGAGCAACGCGUGUCCCGAUACACAAGCAUGGCAAGAGUGGCUGGUCGAGGCGCGGGACAAAGCCAAGGAAGUAAGAUUCGCAAGCAAACCGCUAAAUGGCAAGGAGGGAAAGCCCUUGACAACGUGGCAAGUCCCUGUCUGGGAUGCCCAGAAGCGCCUGGGAGAGCUGUUGAAUGCGCAGGCGGAAACAGAUCAAAAGAGCAUGAAGGAGGGUUACGAAGAAGUGUGAGCGCUUGUUGUUGCAUUAUCAUUUGUUUGGAUAUUUACAUGGCGUUGGGCGGCAUUUUGACACGACUUUACGAUUACGACUCACGACUUGACGAUAUCAUUGAUACCACCAACGCAUUCGCAGCAUCAGCCAUUUAGCGACAAGCAUCGUUACACACAGCAUGACCUCAAAAUUUGGUAUUGGCAUAUUGGAGUGGCUUUGCCUAUC